AUGCAAAAGAAACUGGAUAGAAUCCGUGCCAAACUCGAUUGGGGUAUCCCUCUUGAGCAGCUUCCAGUCAUCGAGUUUGGAGACUUCCAGGAACAUGCUCGCAACGGAAAAGCACUCAUCGCGGUCGCUGGUGUCAUUCAUGACGUUAGUGAUUUCAUCAAAGAUCAUCCAGGUGGCAAGGCUAUGAUUAAAUCUGGAAUUGGAAAGGACGCAACUGCUAUGUUCAACGGCGGUGUCUACAACCACUCCAACGCUGCCCACAACUUGCUUUCUACCAUGAGAAUUGGUGUCAUCCGUGGAGGUUGCGAAAUUGAAAUAUGGAAGCAGGCCCAGAGAUAG